AUGGCCUACUAUUACCUUCUGACCCCUCAUGCCGCAAACAUCGGCCUCCUCGAUCCGGCCCGAAGAUGGCUAUUCUUCUCAUUAACAAGCGAUAGCAGUGAAAUCCUGCAACAUGCCUACUCAGCCCUCGCCGUAUUACAGAAUGAAUACUAUCAGAUCGGAAAAAGCACUUGGCCGUCGGCGAUAGACUGGACAGCUGCCGUUACCCAGACUGUUGUUUCCGGCAUGUUGUCAACCCUCACUAAGUCGCUGAAUUUGGUCGUCCCGGGCAUCACCCCGAGUAUUCGAGCGGCACAUGAGAAUCUCAUCUCGUCCGUGUACGAUCAUAUCAUUGCCUAUCAUUACGAGCAGGAUAUCAUGGCAAUAAGAGAGGAGGCCUUUGAUGACAUAUUAUGGGUGGUGCUUGGCUGGAUAGAGGCCAUGAAUUUCGCGCGAUUGCAUGGCAGCCUCCAUUUCCCCGAAGCCGAACGCAAUGCCAACGCCAGUUUCCCUGCCGAUAUCCAUGCCGCUUUGGCAACACUGCCUUGGCGAGGCCAGUUCUGGAUCCCUUCGUUCCAAGGCCGGGCCAAAAGCUUCUGGCUUCUCGGGGCUCAGGGAUGGGACACGGACUUGUGUCACGGAGGCAUGGUCUGGAACCCGCGUCUGGAGCCCUACAAGAACGCCAUCACAAACGAGCUGUACAUCUCCGCUUCCAUUUCCAUGUACCAGCACUUCGCCGACGCGAGCACGGUCGGCAGGGAUCCGGUGCAUCUUCAGGCUGCCAUCGAGGGCUACAAAUGGCUUGUCAAUAGCAACAUGACCAACGACGCAGGCCUGUUUGUCGAUGGCUUCCACAUUGAUCGACGGAGGCACGGUAACACUGAGUGCGAUGUCCGCGACGAGAUGGUGUACACUUACAACCAGGGCGUCUUGCUCACCGGCCAACGAGGGCUAUGGGAAGUAACCGGGAGUCCCUCCUAUCUAGCGGACGGCCAUGAUCUCAUCCAGGCGGUCAUCAAAGCCACUGGCUGGGACCUAGAGGCGACCCAGCCAAUCGACGCGGUGGCAAGGCCCCCAAAGCUGCCUAGAUGGAGAGGCCUUGGGCGGAGCGGCAUUCUAGAAGACGAGUGUGAUGCAAGCGGCACAUGCUCGCAGGACAGCCAGACGUUCAAGGGCAUCUACUUUCACCACCUGGACGAAUUUUGUCGGCCCCUCGAUGGGCACGGCUUCAAGAAGCACGAGUCCUUCAACAUGAACAGCUUCAACUCUAUCCACGCAGCUCACAGAUCAGCCUGCCAGGCGUAUCUCGGCUGGAUCAAGCACAAUGCUCUGGCAGCCUUGACGUCUCGAGACGAACGAGGACGAUUUGGCAUGUGGUGGGGUGCAGGACUUGUUGGCAAUCACACCUACGUGUUUCCGCAGAGCGACGGAAUCGACCACAAUGCUGCGAAUACCACCGACUAUCGCAAUCGGGGGACUCCCCAAGACGACAUCUGGGGUCGGGAGUCGAGAUGGCUGCCCGGAUCUCGGAAAAGAGGGAAGAGGCCAUGGCCGAGAGAUGCUAAUGAUCGGGGGAGAGGGCGGACGGUGGAAACGCAGGUGGGAGGGCUUGCCGUGCUUCGCGCAUAUUGGGAUAUUUCGCAGUCAGUCUCAUCAUGA